AUGACGAUUUGCUUUAAAGAUGCAAAAGAGGCAGACUGCUGGUGUAGUCUUUUGCAAGGCAUCCACGAGGGGAAGGCGUGGUGGACGCUCGCGAGGUCGCUGAACACGGCAAACACUGCGAACAUGCUACUCUCACGUUUUUUUUUUCAAAGCAUGCGCCGUGAGGGCAUGACGACGUUGAUUAAAAAGCAGAUUCAGGAGAAGCUCAACAAGCUAGCGCAGUCUAAGUUUCCGCGCGAUCUGCAAGGACAUAUCUACCUCGACGACUUUAUCAUCGGCAAGCACAUCCCCUCCAUAGGGAACGUCUCGGAUGCGAGGUUCGGCGCGAACGGCGAGGUCGGCUUUGACAUGAAUUUCUGCUAUAAGGGCGGUGACGAGGGCUUUUCGCUGUACUUCCGUCUGGCGCUCACCUACCGCGGUAUCCGCAUUCCGCACAUUGUCUUUUCGGUCAAAUUCCACCACUUGGAAGCAUCCCUCUACGUCAGCGUAAGCCCACCGCCGUCGGAGCGGUUUUGGAUCGGCUGCCAUGUGCCGCCGGAGCUUCAGGUAGAGGUCCACCAAGGCUGCGCCUCGGGCCGGGGCCUCCUCCAUCGCAUCCUUAUCUCCUUCCCCAAUCUGAGCACGUUCUUCACGAAUUUAAUUAAGAACUAUUUCUUCAAGGAGAUGGUGUUGCCGUUUUUAGACGACUUCCCGCUGCCGAGCCUGGAGAAGACGCCGCCGAUCAGCUUGAAGGGGAUGACCAAGAAAGGGAGGGACUUUGACCGCAUGCGAGCGGCGGCGCUUAGCGGUAACACGGUAAGUACGGCCGAGGGAGGUGCGCGGAAACCCAGCAUGUCCUUCUAUUAA